AUGGUUGUAUUACUUGAUAACAUAACAUCUAGAUUUCGAUUUUAACUCUCCAAAAUCUGAAAACACAUUUACAUGUUUGAUUUCGUUGAAAUUCCAAAAACUAUCAAAAAACUGUGCUGUGUUGUUGUACUUUGAUUAUUUGAUUGAUUCAUCAAAGUACAGCGAGAGCUAUGGAAGAUCAACCACAAGGAACGUUACAAAACGUUCUAGAACAAGAUUCUCUCAAGUGGGUUUUCGUUGGUGGCAAAGGUGGUGUUGGUAAAACCACAUGCAGUUCUAUCCUCUCUAUCCUUCUCGCUUCUGUUCGCUCUUCUGUUCUCAUCAUCUCAACCGACCCUGCUCACAAUCUCAGCGAUGCUUUUCAACAGCGUUUCACAAAAACCCCUACUUUGGUUAAUGGUUUCUCCAAUCUCUAUGCAAUGGAAGUGGAUCCUGCGGUUGAGCAUGAUGAUAUGGGUAGUUCUGAUGGGAUGGAUAGUUUGUUCUCUGAGCUUGCUGGUGCAAUUCCUGGAAUUGAUGAGGCUAUGAGCUUUGCUGAGAUGUUGAAAUUGGUGCAGACAAUGGAUUAUUCUGUCAUUGUAUUCGACACCGCUCCAACUGGUCAUACACUUAGACUGUUGCAAUUCCCGUCGGUUUUAGAGAAGGGUCUUGCAAAGAUGAUGUCUUUGAAAAAUAAAUUUGGGGGUUUGUUUAGUCAGAUGACUCGCAUGUUUGGCAUGGGUGAUGAUUUUGGUGAAGAUGCACUCCUCGGAAAGCUUGAAGGAAUGAAAGAUGUAAUUGAACAAGUCAAUCGGCAAUUCAAAGAUCCAGACAUGACAACCUUUGUCUGUGUUUGCAUUCCCGAAUUUCUCUCGCUUUACGAAACUGAACGAUUGGUUCAAGAACUCACAAAGUUUGAGAUUGACACACACAACAUCAUCAUUAAUCAAGUAAUCUUUGACGAUGAAGAUGUUGAAUCCAAGUUACUUAAAGCAAGAAUGAAAAUGCAACAGAAGUACUUGGACCAGUUUUACAUGUUGUAUGAUGACUUUAAUAUUACCAAGCUGCCACUUCUUCCAGAAGAGGUUACUGGUGUUGAAGCUCUGAGAUCAUUUUCAAGAAAUUUCACGCUACCGUAUAAACCGUUAUGCAGUACUGAUCAAGUAGAGCGAUUAGAGCGAAGAGUAUCAGCGUUACAGAGUCAGUUAAAAGAUGCUGAAGAAGAGUUGGAGAAAGUCAAAAGAGGGAAGCAAAAGGCUUGAUUUGAUUCAUUGCUGUGAAUCAUAUGAAUAAUGCCGUUAUUGUAAUUUCCUUUUUGUUCACAUUUUUGUUGUUGUUGAAGUUUACAUGUUAUUACGAAACUUCCUUUUAUGUGUUGGAUUCAAAUGUAAGUCAUUUAUCAGUUUUGUUCUAUUUUAAUUCAUGUAGCUUUUUGUGAUGUAAACUGAAAAGAAAAGGAUAGAAUUGGUGAGUGUAGUUUAAGUUGUUUCGGGAAUA